CGCGCUGCGCGGGAGGUGACGGCGCGGCUGACGGUCCGGGUCCCUGCAGAACCGUGCUGGAGAAACGUUUUGCCCCUUCAAGACUCAGGAGGAUGAAAGUCAUCACUUGUGAAAUAGCCUGGCACAACAAGGAGCCGGUGUACAGCCUGGACUUCCAGCAUGGGGCGGCCGGGAGGAUCCACAGACUGGCGUCUGCGGGCGUGGACACCGCUGUCAGGAUCUGGAAGGUAGAGAAAGGACCAGAUGGAAAAGCCAUCGUGGAAUUUUUGUCCAAUCUUGCUCGUCAUACCAAAGCCGUCAAUGUUGUACGUUUUUCUCCAACUGGGGAGAUUUUAGCAUCGGGAGGAGAUGAUGCUGUCAUCCUGUUGUGGAAGGUGAAUGAUAACAAGGAGCCGGAGCAGAUCGCUUUUCAGGACGAGGAUGAGGCCCAGCUCAACAAGGAGAACUGGACAGUUGUGAAGACCCUGCGGGGCCACUUAGAAGAUGUGUAUGAUAUUUGCUGGGCAACUGAUGGGAAUUUAAUGGCUUCUGCCUCUGUGGAUAACACAGCCAUCAUAUGGGAUGUCAAUAAAGGACAAAAGAUAUCGAUUUUUAAUGAACAUAAAAGUUACGUCCAAGGAGUAACCUGGGACCCUUUGGGUCAAUAUGUUGCUACUCUGAGCUGUGACAGGGUGCUGCGAGUAUACAGUACACAGAAGAAGCGUGUGGCUUUUAAUGUUUCGAAGAUGCUGUCUGGAAUAGGGGCUGAAGGAGAGGCAAGAAGCUACCGGAUGUUUCACGACGAUAGCAUGAAGUCGUUCUUCCGAAGACUGAGUUUCACUCCUGAUGGAUCUUUGCUCCUCACGCCAGCUGGAUGUGUGGAAUCCGGUGAAAAUGUAACGAAUACCACUUACGUUUUCUCCAGGAAGAAUCUUAAAAGGCCCGUCGCUCAUCUUCCAUGUCCUGGAAAAGCCACUCUUGCUGUUCGCUGCUGUCCAGUCUACUUUGAACUGAGGCCGGUGGUGGAAACAGGUGUGGAGCUGAUGAGUCUGCCCUACCGCCUGGUGUUCGCCGUGGCUUCGGAGGACUCCGUGCUUCUGUACGAUACCCAGCAGUCCUUCCCUUUUGGUUAUGUGUCUAACAUACAUUACCACACCCUCAGUGACAUUUCAUGGUCCAGUGAUGGCGCCUUCCUGGCCAUUUCUUCCACGGACGGUUACUGCUCGUUUGUGACAUUUGAGAAAGAUGAACUUGGAAUUCCUUUGAAAGAGAAGCCAGUUUUGAGCAUGAGAACUCCUGAUACAGCAAAGAAAACCAAGAGUCAGACACCUCGAGGGUCUUCGCCAGGACCCAGACUGGUAGAGGGAACCGCUGCCAGCAGAACCCAAGACUCCAGCAGCCCCAGCACAAGCCCCCCACAGGCCAGACAGGCCCCAGCCCAAGCAGCCGUCAGGGACUCUCCCUCUGUCACUCCUGCUGUCAAAAGCUCCUUGCCCCGGCCUUCAGAGGAGAAGAGCUUGCAGCCCAGUAGUCAAAACACAAAAGCCCACCCAUCCCGGAGGGUCACUCUGAACACACUGCAAGCCUGGAGCAAGACAACGCCCCGGAGAAUAAACUUAACACCCUUAAAGACAGACACUCCACCAAAUUCUGUACCAACCAGUGUAAUUUCCAUCCGUUCUACAGAAGAAAUUCAGUCAGAGACGCCUGGAGAUGCUCAGGGCAGUCCCCCAGAGCUAAAGCGGCCCAGACUCGAUGAAAACAAAGGAGAUACGGAAAGUCCAGACCCUUGAAUGGACCUUGCCUUCUGCUGGAUGCCUGCCAGGCCCCUGUCUGUGCGGGGAGGUGGCGAAGCUGGAGAUGCCUGAGACCAGGGCUUCCACGGAGUGGGACAGGCACUAACAGAAGUGGCCUGUGUACUGAAUUUUCUCCAGAAAUAUGGUGUAUUCAAUAUCCAUUUUUAAUUUGGGGACGUGAAUGUUUUAAUAUAGUAAAUCCUCUCUUUGAUGAGUUUCUGAAUCUGGAGCAGUUCAACGUUAUCCAGUGUGAAAAUGAGCGAGUCUUCCUGGCAUCACUCUGAAAGUGCACACGCUUCAUGGAGGGGCUCCGUUUAAAUUAGAAUUAGGGAGAUGAGAAAGUAAUGAGAUUUCACUCUGUUGCAUUUUAGAGUAUUUGAAGUGAUUGUUACAUUUCACUUCUAAGGAGUUGAUUGAUUAAACUUUGGAAGGU